CCUCUAGGGAAACCUAUGAAAAGAACCUUCAUGAAACCAUGUCUCUCUUUCUCCUCUGUUGCAGUGAUACCUAAAGUAACAAAGCACUUACUGGCCAAUCCUGUCUUCACCUGCAUCGUUCUUGCUGCCUGCAUGGAGAUUGCUGUGGUGGCUGGCUUUGCAGCCUUCCUUGGGAAAUAUCUAGAACAGCAGUUCAACCUCACCACCUCGUCAGCCAAUCAGCUCCUGGGGAUGACAGCGAUCCCAUGCGCAUGUCUGGGCAUAUUCCUGGGAGGGCUCCUGGUGAAGAAGCUCAGCCUGUCUGCUCUAGGAGCCAUCAGGAUGGCCAUGCUGGUUAAUCUGGUGUCCACAGCUUGCUAUGUUUCUUUCUUGUUCCUGGGCUGCGACACAGGGCCUGUAGCUGGGGUUACUGUUCCCUAUGGAAACAACUCAGUUCUGACCUCGCCUUUGGACCCGUAUUCCCCCUGCAAUAACAACUGUGAAUGCCAAACCGAUUCCUUCACUCCAGUUUGUGGGGCAGAUGGGAUCACCUACUUGUCUGCCUGCUUUGCGGGCUGCAACAGCACGAAUCUCACUGGCUGCGCAUGCCUCAGUUUGGUCCCAGCUGAGAACGCUACAGUUAUGCCUGGAAAAUGCCCCAGUCCUGGCUGCCAAGAGGCCUUCUUGACAUUCCUCUGUGUGAUGUGUGUUUGCAGCAUGAUCGGAGCCAUGGCGCAGACGCCCUCAGUUAUCAUACUUAUCAGAACAGUGAGCCCUGAACUUAAGUCUUAUGCUUUGGGGGUGCUUUUCCUGCUGCUCCGUUUGCUAGGUUUUAUCCCACCGCCCUUGAUCUUUGGGGCUGGAAUUGACUCAACAUGUCUGUUCUGGAGCACGUUUUGUGGCGAACAAGGAGCCUGUGCAUUAUAUGACAAUGUGGUCUAUAGAUACCUAUAUGUUAGCAUUGCUAUAGCCCUGAAGUCUUUCGCAUUCAUCUUAUACACAACUACCUGGCAAUGCUUGAGGAAAAACUAUAAAAGAUACAUCAAGAACCAUGAAGGCGGUCUCAGCACUAGUGAAUUCUUUGCCUCUACUCUCACCCUAGAUAAUCUGGGGCGGGACUCUGUGCCCCAAAACCAGUCACAUAGGACAAAAUUUAUCUAUAACCUUGAAGAUCACGAGUGGUGUGAAAAUAUGGAGUCUGUUUUAUAGUGACUAAGGAUGGAUGAACUCUAUAUUAAUAAUAUAAGAGUCCUUUUUAAAUAAAAGAGAGAGAAUAAAAUUUAAAAAAAAAAACAGGAAACUUUUGUUUUUUUCUCAAAAGUCAGAGCCAAGGAUUCAGAAUAACAAAAUCUUUAAAUGGGAUCAUUUUUGAAAUCCUUUCGGAGUGCUGGAAAGAACUCAAAACCACUCCAGCUGGGUACCAGCCCCCUUGAUGAUGGUACAAUCUUCCAGGAUGGAGUCACCUACAAGGGCAUUGGGAGAUGCAAAGCCAGGGUUUUGUCAGAGACCACAGUGGAUGGACAUUGGGCACCUGGUGAGAAGAAACAAGCAAAUAACAGCAAUUCCUGAAUAAGCGUUAGUGACACUGCUUGCCAUUGGGGAUCUGGGCAGCUCUGUCACCUUUGCAAUAUGGGCUAACAGGUUAGCCAGUCUGGGUGCUGUUCAAGUCCAAUGCACUCUUUCAAUGAUGUCAAAAGAGGGAACAGUGCAGGAUUGAUUAAACUACUUACACUCUGUCUGCACCAGCCAUGAUUCCAUGUUAGAUACUUUGAAUGCUGCCGUAUACCCUCUAGCCAGCUUACAUUGGUGGUCAAAGGCUCCACUGUCCUUCCAGCAGAUCUCAGAUUUUGGUUCUCUGUAAAUGGCUGUGUUCAGAUCUCUAAUACCCAGUAAAGUUCAAGUCAUUUGCUUACACUUGCCAAAUGUUGUCAUUUUUUUAAAAUUCCAAAUAUUUCUCUCAAUAAUCCUUUUAAGGUUUAAGUACUUUCAAAUCUAUGUUAACCCUUAAAUCGCUGACAGUGUUCUAUAGGGGGAUUUAUAAUGCCAGUUGCAUUUUUUUCCGGUUUCUUUUCAAUAUGCCACCAUAUCAUGCAAGGGAUUCAGUUAAUCCAUUGCAUUUUUUUAUUCUAUAUGCCUUCAUUCUGAUGCACUGUCAAACCAAUGAGGACAUACAUUAUUAAAAAGAAAUUAAAAGAGAGAAUGCACUGUGUCUCUAUAAAAAUAAUUACCAGCUGGAGAAUUCUAGUACGAUAUAAUAAUUUACAGAUUAUUUUUUCAUAUAACAUGUGACUCAGUGAAUACAUAGAUGGAGAGAACCUUUGUUUAUGUACUCUCCAAUUUUUAAAUAUGUAUUAUUUGCAAUCAAAGGUGGAAUGGGAGUAUUCCUUAAAAUUAUAUGUGUGUGUGUGUGUGUGUGUGUGUGAGAGAGAGAGAGAGAGAGAGAAUACUUGAGUCCUGUCCUGCGACCCUUACUCAGACUAUUUCUAUUCCCGUGAGUAAGUCCCAUUAAUUUCAAGGAUCCUACUCAUGUGAGGAAAUGGUGCAGGAUCUGACUUGCUAUGGGCCAAAUUUGCCCUUAGAGUUUCAUUCAGGGCUUCUAUAAAGGGACAGAAUUUUCAAAAGCACCUAAUAUUGGCCAUUAAUCGCUAGGACCAGAGUUUGGGCCUUACUGAGCAUGUUUGAAAAUUGCACCUAAAUUCUGUAGGGGAUGCUCCCCCCCAUGCAACCUGGGGAAGAAUUGGCAUUAUCUUUAAAUUGGAGUUUUGUCCAAUACCCUUUGAAAUGAAGGGGAAUCUUUCUAUUGAUUUCAAUGGGCCUUGGAUCAAACUUUUCCUAUGUUAUCUUUUUCCAGAGCAUUCCUACUGUUAAGCAAUAAAACAUGGCUGGGUUUAAUUAAUUUUCUCCAACGGUAACUGAAACCGACCGUGUUUCCAAUGGAGUAAAUGUCAGUAGCAUUUUAAGGGUUAGCAUUGUUAAUUAAGAAUCUCCGGAGGUUUGUUUGUCUUUUAUUGUGAACUUACAAGCUUCAAGUGUCCCGGGAGUAGGUGAGCUUCCCAGAGUUAUGUUCAUUGCCAGGAACGGACACACCAAACUCCUCACAAAAGGAGCAGUGAAGUUAACUUGCCAUUCGUGUCCAGUACCGUUUUAGCAGACCUUGCUUUAAUCAAGACAGUUAAAAGCUGGCAGUAUAAGACCAUUUUCAGACUAACUUACUUUACAGAUGUGUUUCAUAAUUUAUGCACUGCAUUAAAUGUUCAGCAUCAGUAAGGGCAAAGAACCCAGUAUAUCAAAUAAACUGCACUGUGCCAAAUAUUCAACCAAUAAUGUACCAAUAUAUGUUUUUAUUCUUGGCUUGGAACCUUGUACAGAAUCAUUUGGUAAAGAGUGGAGUGGAAAGGGAAAAAACGAGCAGUGCUGUUUGUAAAUGUUGGGUGAUAAAUGAUGCAUUUGAACCACAAUAUUUAGAUCAGUUUAUUGUAUCCUCUGCUAACAUAGAGAUACUGCAUCCAUAAGCUAAUGAAUUAAACAAAGGAACAGGUUGCAUAACCGUCUCAUAAAAUAUGUAUAAUUGUCAAGUAUAAACCUUUGAAAGCUUUCUGUACAAUUUUCCUUAUUUUGAAAAUUUAGUGCUUAUAGAAUGCCGCCUUUUUCAGACACUAGCUCAUAGCUUUAUGCUACACACACACAUUACAACAACAUGUCUCCAUGUCUGAUUUCUUGAAAAAUCUAUAAACCCUUUUGCAGCUUGGAUUUUUUUCCUCUAAAAAUCCAGGCUGACUAAGACUAUUAUGCGGGCUUGAUGCAAAACAAACUGAAAAGAGUCCCAGAGCUUUGCUUUGUCAUUGUGUGGAUAUACAGUCAAAAAAUCAUCUUACCAGUGUUACAGAACACAGGAUUGCAAAGCACGAAGUGUCACUUCACUUGUUUGUUUGGGGGAUUUUUUAUUUUUACUUUUUUUUAUCUUAAUCGGAUUUCUUGCGUGUGUACAGAAAGCUCAGCCUAAGCUGGGUUGUUUUAUUACUUUUGUACUUAAUUAUUUUGUAUCUUGUGAAAUUGUGUGAAUUUAUUUCUUUUUUUCCCUAUAACAUUGCUUUUGAAAAGCUCUUUUUUAGGAAACAUCAGAUCUCAGUAUCAUCAAGGGCUUUAUUCAGAGUUGUGGUGCUGUCAUAGGAGAAAGAGGUUGUCUGUGCAUAUAAAACAAAACAUGAAACCAAAUAUUCAGAGUGCUCCAACUGUUCCUUUGCUUUGCUGAUUUCAAAGUCUCAAUCCAGUUUUUCCUGUUCCCGACUUUUAAUUGCACAAUCAGGAGUGAAUAAUCUCAACUACUAAACCCCCUAAAAUGGGAGCCACAUGGCUUUUGUAGACACUUCGCUUCCUUUUUCAAGAAUGACUUAACCAUGCAGGAGAUGGAAUUGGAAAGAUCUUCUUCCUGAGAGGAGAAAGUGGAGGCAAACCUCCCAGCUCCGAAGCUCAGAUCCUAGCUUUCCCCAGAUUCAGGAGCCUUUGAAUUCAGGGUUUUUGUUGAGGCCUAUCUCAGAUUCAACAUUGUCCCCAGACACUGUGCUUUGCUUCCUGGUGACAGCCUUCUAAGGAGAUAUUUUGGAAAAUGCAUUAUACAAUUUGGAGCCUGAUUCUCUUCUCACUCUCGUGAGUGUAAAUCAGGAGAGACUCCAAUGACAUUGGGGUGGGGAUCUAAGGGUGAAAGUGGUACAAGUGAGAACAGAAUCAAUCCAUUAGGACUUUUUAUGUCCUUUGGGCUUUUUAAACAACAUGAUGCCUUUUGAGACCAUCCCUUUAUACUUAUGUCCCACCCGCUUGAGAAUCUCACCAGAGCAAAGAGCAUUCUUGGGACGGAGGAGACAGCUUUCCAUUCAAAUCCCCAGACGAGGACAUGAUGGAGAUUUGAAGAUCACUUGAAUUACCAAGCCAAAUCCACCCACUUUCCCCUUGUUCAAUAGGAAGGGCCCUACACCACUCCCUGGAGAGUCUGUAUAUUCAAGGCAUUAAAACUCAGCUCUCAUGCUACCAUUAUCCUGUCUGAGCAGGGUAUGAGCCUUAUGGGAGAUAGAAGGAAUUAACUCCCAGGGAGCGGAACUAGCAAUACUUAAAAAGGAAACAAUGGGGUGAGCAGAUGACAUUUGAAGAGGGAUUUAAGAAUUUCCAAAUAGCUUGGGCAUGUUAAAAAAAUCUUUUAAAAGAAAAUCUUUAGACAAGCUUUAUAUUCCCCCUUCACUAUACAGAAUGUCAUCUGCAAUGAUUGUUCGUUAACUUACGGGAUGCAGAGGGCUGUGCAUCUUAGCCACACCUUUCUGCAUCAGCGCACCCUGGGAGAGAAAGCCAGCUCAAUGUAGCAGUCAGCAGUCUCAUUCCACAACAGGCCCAGAGGCAACCUCGGGGCUACCAACAUGGUGAGUUGUGAAACGUUUUACCAGGAGACAGAGUUUGUGGCUGCUGCUGUUAGAGCAUGUCUAACAGCUGGACAUGUUGCGCUCAGCACUUCCCUGUGAUUCAUAUGAUCUGGGGGUGUCUCUUUUGUUUUUUUGUCAGAGGAAGAGGGGGGAUUUGGUGUUAAAGGCUCUUAUGCAAAUACUUCAUAGAUCUGACACUUUUUCUUUUGUUCAUUUGUUCAGAGAGGUUUCCAAACAAAUUCCCACUCCGCUCUUCUCUAAAGAUGGCUCAUGCAAAAUAUAUAGAGAGGUAGAUAUAUACGGCUUCCAAAUCUCGCCCACACAUUCUCUCUAGACAUAAUUAAAGUGUGCAAAGUUCACACCAUAUCUUUGUGCCUGGGACCCUGGAAGAGCACCUCCUAAGUAUAAGCAUGAAAGGUUGCAAUUCUGAGCCACGUUGACCUUUCAGAGAGCAAGUGGUAACUGACAGAGGCCUCUGCGCUCUGCUCCGUCUCUAAAGCAAAGUUCACUUGUUCCCAUGUUACUGACUCUCUCCAUUCCACUGCGCUGGGGUUCAAGUCCGGGAAGGCUGUGGCACUCCCAGUUCUCUGUGACUAGGCAGAGUCAGUCCCCUGCAGUGUGUCCUUCCUCGGGGAUAGCCAAAACACACUUCUUGGAAGUGAGCAUGCAGCCUUAAAGGAAGAGGACACGUGAUUGUUACUUGAUACAUGCCCAUAUUGGUGUGAUCUUAUGAUGGACCACACCUGACUCCAGAGUGGCACAAAUGACCAGGAGAGACAGCAUUGUUGUUGGGUUUCCAAAAGUCUCUGUGCACUCGUCUACUCUAGGGAGCUAUUUCGAAAUAACAAGUGGAACGUCCAUACUACCAAACCCGUUAUUUUGAAAUCAUAUUUUGAAAUAAUAAUUCCUGCUUUCCACAAGGAA